AGGUCGUGAAUAUCACAUAAAUAUAUCAUAUUAGAGCUAAACUUUACGUGGUAGUAGUGAAUAAUGAGUUUUGUUUUUGAGUGUUCAAUACCAAGUGUUUAAUAGAUGCGAGGGCGGUGCUGCGGACAACCAAAAUCCGAGAAAACGAUGAUAUCCCCUGUUGGCCAAUCAUACUUGAUCGUGGGCGGAGACUAGACAGAGAGGACAUCUUAAGGCUCCAGAGAGACUCAACCAGAGAGAGCACAGAGAUAAACUCAACCAGAGAGACCAAACAGAACAGUGAGACCUGUUAUGGAGACACAUCACUGUGACACCUGUGGGAAGAGCCUUUCCUCAUCCGGUAGCCUCAAGCAGCACAUGAUGAUCCACACAGGCGAGAAGCCCUACAGCUGUGACCUCUGUGGUCAAACCUUCAGCAGUGCUAACUGUUUAAGAAUUCACAGCAGGAUCCACACUGGAGAGAAGCCCUACAACUGUGACCUCUGUGGUAAAACCUUUAGACGGUCAGACACUUUAAGAGUUCACCGCAGGAUCCACACUGGGGAGAAGCCCUACAGCUGUGACCUCUGUGGUAAAACGUUUAGACAUAAAGCCAAUUUCAGAGCUCACAGCAGGACCCACACUGGAGAGAAGCCCUACAGCUGUGACCUCUGUGGUAAAAACUUUAGCCUGGCUGGCAGUUUAAGAAUUCACCACAGGACCCACACUGGAAAGAAGCCCUACAGCUGUGACCUCUGUGGUAAAACCUUAAGUAGUUAUGCUAGUUUCACAGUUCACCGCAGGAUCCACACUGGAGAAAAGCCCUACAACUGCAGCCUCUGUGGUAAAACCUUAAGUAGUUAUGCUAGUUUCACAGUUCACAGCAGGAUCCACACUGGAGAGAAGCCCUACAGCUGUGACCUCUGUGGUAAAACCUUUAGCCUGGCUGGCAGUUUAAGAAUUCACCGCAGGACCCACACUGGAAAGAAGCCCUACAGCUGUGAGUGCUGUGAUAAAGCCUUCUCUACGUCUGGUGGAUUGAAAAAGCACAGUAGGAUGCACACUGGAGAGAAGCCCUACAGCUGUGACCUCUGUGGUAAAACCUUUAGCCAGGCUGCCCAUUUCAGAGUUCACAGCAGGAUCCACACUGGAGAGAAGCCCUACAGCUGUGACCUCUGUGGUAAAACCUUUAGCCAGGCUGCCCAUUUCAGAGUUCACAGCAGGAUCCACACUGGAGCAAAGCCCUACAGCUGUGACAUCUGUGGUAAAACCUUUAGCCUGGCUGGCAGUUUAAGAAUUCACCGCAGGACCCACACUGGAAAGAAGCCCUACAGCUGUGAGUGCUGUGAUAAAGCCUUCUCUACGUCUGGUGGAUUGAAAAAGCACAGUAGGAUCCACACUGGAGAGAAGCCCUACGUCUGUGACCUCUGUGGUAAAACCUUUAGCCAGGCUGGCCAUUUCAGAGCUCACAGCAGGAUCCACACUGGAGAAAAGCCCUACAGCUGUGACCUCUGUAGUAAAACCUUUAGCCUGACUGGCAGUUUAAGAAUUCACCGCAGGACCCACACUGGAAAGAAGCCCUACAGCUGUGAGUGCUGUGAUAAAGCCUUCUCUACUUCUGGUGGAUUGAAAAAGCACAGUAGGAUCCACACUGGAGAGAAGCCCUACAGCUGUGACCUCUGUGGUAAAACCUUUAGCCAGGCUGCCCAUUUCAGAGUUCACAGAAGGAUCCACACUGGAGAGAAGCCCUACAGCUGUGACCUCUGUGGUAAAACCUUUAGCGACUCUUCUAGUUUUAGAAAUCACAGCAGGAUCCACACUGGAGAGAAGCCCUACAGCUGUGACCUUUGUGGUAAAACCUUUCGCGACUCUUCUAGUUUUAGAAAGCACAGCAGGAUCCACACUGGAGAGAAGCCCUACAGCUGUGAGUGCUGUGAUAAAGCCUUCUCUACGUCUGGUGGAUUGAAAAAGCACAAAAGGACCCACACUGGAGAGAAUCCCACAGCUGCCCACAAUGUGCCUAUCCAGGUAAAAGAAAAGACUCAACCAGAAAGACCAAACAGAACAGUGAGACCUGUUAUGGAGAAACAUCAGUGUGACACCUGUGGGAAGAGCCUUUCCUCAUCCAGUAACCUCAAGCAGCACAUGAUGAUCCACAAAGGAAGGAAGCCCUACAGCUGUGACCUCUGUGGGAAAACCUUUAGCCAGGCUGGCAAUUUCAGAGCUCACCGCAGGAUCCACACUGGAGAGAGGCCCUACAGCUGUGACCUCUGUGGUCAAACAUUCAGCAGGGCUAACUGUUUAAGUACUCACAGCAGGAUCCACACUGGAGAGAAGCCCUACAACUGCGACCUCUGUGGUAAAACCUUCAGCCAGUCAUAUAGUUUAAGAGUUCACCGCAGGAUCCACACUGGGGAGAAGCCCUACAGCUGUGACCUCUGUGGUAAAACUUUCAGACAUAAAGCCAAUUUCAGAGCUCACAGCAGGACCCACACUGGAAAGAAGCCCUACAGAUGUGACCUCUGUGGUAAAAACUUUAGCCAGGCUGCCCAUUUCAGAGUUCACCGCAGGAUCCACACUGGAGAGAAGCCCUACAGCUGUGAGUGCUGUGGUAAAACCUUAAGUAAUUCUGCUAGUUUCAAAGUUCACCGCAGGAUCCACACUGGAGAGAAGCCCUACAACUGCAGCCUCUGUGGUAAAACCUUAAGUAAUUCUGCUAGUUUAACAGUUCACAGCAGGAUCCACACUGGAGAGAAGCCCUACAGCUGUGACCUCUGUGGUAAAACCUUUAGCCGGUCUAGCGUUUUAAGAGUUCAUCGCAGAAUCCACACUGGAGAGAAGCCCUACAUCUGUGACCUCUGUGGUAAAACCUUUAGCCAGGCUGCCCAUUUCAAAGUUCACAGCAGGACCCACACUGGAAAGAAGCCCUACAGCUGUGAGUGCUGUGAUAAAGCCUUCUCUACGUCUGGUGGAUUGAAAAAGCACGGUAGGAUCCACACUGGAGAGAAGCCCUACGUCUGUGACCUCUGUGGUAAAACCUUUAGCCAGGUUGCCCAUUUCAGAGUUCACAGCAGGAUCCACACUGGAGCAGAGCCCUACAGCUGUGACCUCUGUGGUAAAACCUUUAGCCAUGCUGGCAGUUUAAGAACUCACCGCAGGACCCACAUUGGAAAGAAGACUUACAGCUGUGACCUCUGUGGUAAAACCUUUAGCCGGUCUAGCGUUUUAAGAGUUCAUCGCAGAAUCCACACUGGAGAGAAGCCCUACAGCUGUGACCUCUGUAGUAAAACCUUUAGCCGGUCUAGCGUUUUAAGAGUUCAUUGCAGAAUCCACACUGGAGAGAAGCCCUACAUCUGUGACCUCUGUGGUAAAACCUUUAGCCAGGCUGCCCAUUUCAAAGUUCACAGCAGGAUCCACACUGGAGAGAAGCCCUACAGCUGUGACCUCUGUGGUAAAACCUUUAGCCUGGCUGGCAGUUUAAGAAUUCACCGCAGGACCCACACUGGAAAGAAGCCCUACAGCUGUGAGUGCUGUGAUAAAGCCUUCUCUACGUCUGGUGGAUUGAAAAAGCACGGUAGGAUCCACACUGGAGAGAAGCCCUACGUCUGUGACCUCUGUGGUAAAACCUUUAGCCAGGCUGCCCAUUUCAGAGUUCACCGCAGGACCCACACUGGAGAGAAGCCCUACAGCUGUGACCUCUGUGGUAAAACCUUUAGCCGGGCUGACAGUUUAAGAUCUCACCGCAGGACCCACAUUGGAGAGAAGCCCACAGCUGCCCACACAGUACCUAUUCAGGUAAAAGAAACAACCAUUUGAAGUUGCAGUUUGUUCUCUUCUGAAGUGUACUUUCUUAAUAAACCCAACAAAGUGAAACACAAUGUUUAUAUAAAACUCAAAUGUUAACACGUGCUUGCAUUAACAAUAAAACAAU